CUUCCGCGUAUUUUUCCACUGCUCGUUAAACAAUUUGCACAGCUGUCUGCAGUAGUAAUGUUUCAAAUGUCAAUACUUGUGCGCGUAUAAAAGUGUAAAACAUACUUGUGUAUAACGUAAAAAAGUUUUAAUUGCAACAACACUUGAUUCCGCGUUUCUCUGUCGACUUCCCUUCUCGAUUCGAUUUCGUUAAAUAUUCCCUUUUUGCACGCUAUGAGGACGGCCGCUGCGAUACUCGUAAUUUUCCUUGCGCAAUGCACGCAUUUACGUGCCGAACCUAAACCGGGGUUCAGAAAAGAAAUAGGCGAAAUUUUGCAUUCGGAUUCCUGUAUCUUCGGCGUUAAAUCGAUGUCGAUAUAUCUGUACAACAGCAAGUUUCAAGGCAAAGUUAUCGCGGAAAAUGAGAUCUGUGAUAAUAUUGAUCCGUCGAAGCCGAUAUUCUUUGUAGUCCACGGCUUCAUCAGUUACGCAAAUGCGACCAUAUUUCGGGAGCUGUCUUCGCGAUUGGCAGAGAAAGGCAAUACGGUAUUUGCGCUGGACUGGUCACAAGGAGCCUGCACUGAUGGAAUCCCCCUCGUUAAGCUUUUGAACUAUCCCUUUGCGGUGGUUAACAUUCAUGAUAUAAGUCAUUUGAUGGCAAGAUAUACCGAGUUCUUGAUCAAAUGCGGUAUCCCAUUGGAAAACAUUACAUACAUGGGUCACAGUCUUGGCGCGCACGUGUCCGGUUUGGCCGCAAAAUCAAUCCAGAAGAGCCAAGGCAAUAUUACGCUUCUCAUCGCCGCCGAUCCCGCAGAUCCGUUGUUAGGUUACAAGAAAUGCGAGGACAGAUUCUGCAAGUCCGAUGCCGAACAUGUAGUGGUUCUUCACACGUCACCUCUUGGGAUAGGGAGGGCUGUAGGUCACCUCGACUUGUACUUCGGAGACGGAACAACGCAACCAGGAUGCAUGGCUGUAAACGUCGCUUGCUCACAUAGCAAAUCUGUCGAGUAUAUAACCGCUAUGAUAGAAGAUAAUUGUGGAUACCGUGGUGAUCCUAAGGAAUCAUCCUCUUUGCAAUGGCUUUCUUCUUGGCUUCCAAAUAGCAGGCGUACUAAAAUGAAUAAUGUAACGGAAUGCGUUUUUAUAAAUAGCAACAUAUUAGACAGCAACAACUUCUUAGAGGGAGAAUACACCAUCAAGAAUCCUCAGUGCACGCAGGAAACUUCUAACUGCAAACAGUAAAUAGCUGAAGGUCGUUGAAUAACUUGCAAGUUCAAUAUGUAUAUAUAUGUGUGUGUAUAGGUAUGCACAAGUUAAUCGUUUUACUAGCACGUAGAUCUUUUUUUCUCAAGAUCUUUGAACUAAUUACCGACGAAAGAAAACGAAGCAUUUUAACCUGUAACGUUUAAUAAAAUUGAUAGAAAAUAUUAGAUAAGGGAUGCAGAGAUGAAAAUAGAACUACCACACAGGAACUUCAUUGCGCAUUAUCGUAUAUUUCUCGAUUAUCUUACUGAAUUAAAUUUUAUAAUAAUUA